CAUAAUAAGCCCAUUUAAACCGAACCAUUGUACUAUAAAUAGAAUGAAAGCUCUAGCCUUUCUCUCUUUCCUUCCGACUCUGUCUCCACCUACUUCCUGACUAAACCGAGUCACCAUGAGCAAGAACAACAACAACAACAAAGGAGAUGGCGGCAGCGAGAAGAAAACGGCGUCAGUGACCGUCGUUUUGAGGGUCAAUAUGCAUUGCGAUAGUUGCGCCUCAAAAAUCGUUAAAUCCGUUCGUGCUUUCCAAGGCGUUGAGACGGUGAAAGCAGAGUCAGAGACCGGGAAAGUAACGGUGACCGGAGUUGUAGAUCCAGCUAAACUCCGGGAGCAACUUGAAGUGAAAACAAAGAAGAAAGUCGAGUUGGUUUCUCCUCAACCCAAUAAGGAGAAAGAGAAAGACAACAAGAACAAGGACAGUAAGGACAAGAACACAAGCAAUGAAGACAAGAACAAAGAAAAGAAGAAAGCCAAAGAGGCUCCGGUAACAACGGUGGUGCUGAAGGUGGACUUCCACUGUGAAGGUUGUAUUGAGAAGAUUCAAAAGACUGCCUCUAAAACCAAAGGUGUGAGUGGGUUAUCAUUAGAUCACGAGAAGCAGUUAGUGACAGUUAAAGGAACAAUGGACGUGAAAAAGCUCGCCGAGAGUUUGACUAGGAAGCUAAAACGUGACGUGGAGAUUGUGGCGCCGGCAAAGAAAGACAAAGAUAAUGGUAAUGAAAAAGAGAAGGAGUCUGGUGAUAAGAAGAAACGAGGUGGCGGCAGAGGAAAGGAUAACGCCGGUGACAAAGGCGGCGAGGGGAUGAAUACGAUGGAACACGUGGCGGCUCAGCCUGCACACGGCUCUAUGUAUGAUCCAGAUGAGGAUGGAUAUUCGAAUCAAUUCUACGCAGUCGCACGUGAUCUACUCAGCGAUGAAAAUCCGAAUUGCGUCGUUAUGUGAAGCGGCGGGAGGACAUUGACGGGUGGUAGAAUUGUCAGUAUGCAAUUAAGAAUAAUAUUAUUUUUCUAAUCUAGUCUAGUUUCAAUUGGUGUAAUAUAAUAUACUAAUAAUGCUAGUUCAAUUGUUUUAUACAAAA